UUAGUUUUAGUUUUCCCCGUCUCGCGAAUGUUCGAGACUUGAAAAAGGAAAACCGGCGUCGGAACUAAUAUUGCUUCAUCAUAAACAAACACGACAAAAUGACGGGGACUGUGCGAAUGGUGACAGAGGAUUCUCAGUUCCAACCAGAGCUGACUAAUGCGGGUACUAAGCUCGUUGUAGUGGACUUCUAUGCCACUUGGUGUGGGCCUUGUAGAAGAAUUGCCCCACUCUACGGGGAAUUGAGUCUCAAGUACACUAAUGUUGUAUUCCUCAAGUUGGAUGUAGAUCAAUGUCAGGAAACAGCUCAGAGUCAAGGUGUGACAGCAAUGCCAACUUUCAUCCUCUACAAAAACAAAGUGAAAGUAGAUGAAAUGAAGGGAGCAGAUGCAGCUGCUUUGGAGGAGAAGAUCAAGAGGUGGAUGGGAGACGGAGAGGAGGGAACAGAUGAUGUCACAGUAAAGGGGCAUAUGGAUCUGUCUUCGAUGAUAAACAAGUCGGGGUGCGAGUGUCUGAAUGAGGCAGAUGACCACACCCUCAGUCAUGCUCUCACAACAAAGGGAGGCUACCUCGAAUCCGACUGUGAUGAACAGUUACUCAUCAGUGUGGAGUUCACACAGAGUGUGAAGUUACAUUCUCUGAAGCUGUAUGCACCGGAGGAAAACGGUCCAAAGACCGUGAAGAUCUUUCAGAAUCUCCCUCGAUCUUUGGAUUUUGACCAAGCGGAGAACAUGGGGGCAGUACAGACUCUAGAUCUGACUCCAGCUGACCUGAAGGAGGGUACUUUGAUACCUCUACGAUUUGUUAAGUUCCAAAAUGUCGGAAACGUAACAGUAUUCAUCAAAGACAACCAGUCUGGUGCAGAGACAACACAGAUAGACUACUUCGGUUUUGUCGGUUCACCUCUAGACACAACAAAUAUGGCAGAAUUUAAGCGGGUUGCUGGCAAGAAGGGAGAAAGUCACUGACAACAGAAAUCCUAGGAUUAACUUUUAUGGGAUUUUUUUUUGGGGGGGUGGGGGUAACAAGGGAUUAUUGAAGUGGUAUUGAGAGACAGGGUAGGAACUUCCUGCAGUUGGAUGAGAAAAUCUACUGAAUCAUGAACUAGAGACACAUCUACAUACAUGCUUGUUUUUACAGAAGGAAAAAAUUCUUGAAGAUGUAUACACAAAUCAAUAUUUUAAUGCCUUGUCUAUUAAUGUAUGGUAACUCAAAAUUUAUAAAAUCUUGAACGUUUUUGAUGCCAUGAUCUACAACAGGCAGUAAAAUGAUGAGCAGUUUUGAUGUACAUUGUACAUGUGCAUACAAUGUAUUUUGCUUUCAUUCAUUAAUCAACAAUUUUGUAUUUAAAGAAAUUGAUGCAUCAGAUGCCUUGUUAAACUUCACACAGUACGGUAACUGGACAUUGUGGAGGGGAUUCCUUUCAUUUUUACACUGAUAAUACAUGUUUGAAAGUUAAUGCAUUUUAAAUUGUUACAGUCACUUGAACACUUUUUGUUAUGGCAUUCAAUUUUAAUGUAUGAACACAAAUUGUGACAGUCAUUUGAACACUUUUUGUCAUGGUGUUAAGUUUUAAUGUGUGAACACAUAAAUUGUGACAGUCAUCUGAACACUUUUUGUCAUGGUGUUCAGUUUUAAUGUGUGAACACAUAAAUUGGUGUAUGGUGAAGACAUUUAUCCAGUUGAUCAACACAUAUAUACAAAUGUCAGUAAUUCUGUUAAAACAUUAAAUUAUUUUUAAUUAUACAA